ACAGAAUUAUGAGUCUAAGGGGAAUUGAGAAAGACAAUUUGCUUGGCCUCUGCUUCAGCUUCUAUACUAAGAGAAUUAUUGCUUAUGUACAGCAGUAUCAACCAAACAUUUUUAUAGAGUCAUGUGCCGUAAAGGAGGAAAAUCUGCGUGCUUUGGUAAUUUUACCUGAAAUUCUUCCAAUCGCGAAUUUCAAAAGUGGAAAGAGACAAACAAGGUCUGAAAAAGAAAAGGUAAAAUCCGUCAUACCGAGCAGAGACUUACUUCGAAUACUGAAGGAAGGGACAAACAUCGAGGCGGCAGAAAAAAACAAACGUUCAACCUCAUAUUAUGUGCGUGAAAGGUUAAGGAAAAGAAUCGUUUUUUGUGCAAGGAGAUGGAUUUCUAAUCACUCUUUCAAAGAAAGCCAGCCCUCUUGAAACGUUCGACCGUCUUUUCAAAAUACACUCUGUAUUGAAUGUCCAUUUUGCUGAAUCUUUG